CUCGCGACAGCACGCCGCUCACGACUGCUCGUAUAUAUUGGGCUGUCCAAAUUUGGAACGGUCACACUUUCUUGCGUGUGGGUCAGUUGGACGGUAUCCAGUGGAAAUGUCGCAAUAUUCUGGAAAGAUAGUGUUCUACGAGGGCCGCUGCUUCACCGGCAGAAGGCUGGAGGUGUACGGCGACUGCGAUAACUUCCAGGACCGCGGCUUCAUGAACAGAGUGAACUCCAUCCGUGUGGAGAGCGGCGCCUGGAUCUGCUACGACCACCCGGACUUCAAGGGUCAACAGUACAUCCUGGAGCGCGGGGAAUACCCCGAGUUUCAGCGCUGGAACUCCCAUAAUGACCACAUGGGCUCCUGCAAAACCAUCAGGAUGCACGGUGAGCACUACAGGAUGGAGUUGUUCGAGGGUUGUAACUUCACCGGUCAGUGUAUGGAGCUGUGCGACGACUGUCCAUUCCUGCAGAGCCGCGGAUUCAACACAAACUGUAUCAACUCUGUCAGAGUCUUUGGUGAUGGAGCUUGGGUGAUGUAUGAGGAGCCAAACUUCCGCGGUCGCAUGUACAUAGUGGAGAGAGGAAACUACUGCAGCCAUAACGAGUGGCAGGCGCAGAACCCCAACAUCCAGUCCAUCCGCAGGGUCGUCAACUACUUCUAAACCCUCCAGCAUCCCUCUGUGACCCCCCACUGCCCCUUUACUCUCCCAAUGUCAAAUAAACAUGCAAAACUGGAAUCAAGAAGAUGUAUUUUAUCAAA